AUGGCAAGUUCUAAAUAUAGGCAUAAUGACAACUUUGAUUCUCGGUUCGAGAUCGACUAUCUUGAUUAUGGCAGCAAAGACGGAAACUUGUCUACAGACCAUCAAGGCAAGAAUCUAUCGAGAAUUGAAAGAAACCAUACAGUGACAGGUUCAACACCACCACAAAUUACAGAGAAAUCUUUGUUUUGCGGAGGAAUGACAAAACCCGUGGUAUCUGUUGUCGCAGUAUUGGUUAUCGCAUUAGCUGGUGUCGGCCUUGGUCUAUACUUUGCCGGUGUUUUUAGAGGUAAUAUCAGGCAAGACGCUACAAAAACCAACAAUACAUCGUUACUAAAGGGUGUCGUAACAGAAGCUACGAGCUUAACAGCACCAAAGACCUUUACAACGGGUAGUAUUCCAGCAGCAGACUCAACAGUUGAACAAAAUGACAAGAUGGCAACAACAAAGCCCUUGAUAACAGUUGAACAAAACGCAAAUAUGACAACAGUAGAUACCUUGGCAACAAUUGAGCAAAAUGACAAGAUGACAACAACAGAGCCAUUGAUAACAGUUGAACAAAACGCAAAUAUGACAACAGUAGAUACCUUGGCAACAAUUGAGCAAAAUGACAAGAUGACAACAACAGAGCCCUUGAUAACAGUUGAACAAAACGCCAAUAUGACAACAGUAGAUACCUUUGCAACAGUUGAACAAAAUGACAAGAUGACAACAACAGACGCCUUGACAACAGUAAAACAAAACGGCAAAAUGACAACAGAAGACCCCUCGACAGCAGUUGAACAAAACGACAAAAUGACAACAGCAGACGCUUUGACAACAGCAGAACUUAUAGGCAAGGUGACAACAGCAGACGUCUUGACAACAUUAGGGAAAAGCGGCAAAACGACAACAGAAGAUUCCCGGACAACAGUUCAACAAAGCGACAAAAUGACAACAGCAGACGCCUUCAAGUUGACAACAGUAAGGAAAAGCGACAAAACGACAACUGAAGACCCCCCGACGACAGUUGAAGAAAGCAACAAAAUGACAACAGCAGAACUUUUAGGCAAGAUGACAACACCACAACCCUUGAACAAUGAGAAUAAUACGUUUAUAGUUACUUACGGCAUAUGGGCAAAAUGGACUCCUUGGUCAAGUUGCAGUGUCACGUGUGAUAAUGGAACUCAAACCAGAACGAGGUUUUGUCGGAAGACGUCAUCUAAGGAUAUCGAUUGUGAUGGAGAGGAUGAAGUAACAAGAUUGUGUAACAAUGGGAAUUGUCCAGAUUGUGAAAUAACGUGUCCAUCGAAUACGAUUUUAAAUGAAAACUGUACGGCCUGCAUAUGUGCUUCUAAUAUGAGACAUAUCCAGGUUUUCAACACAAAAAUGGUUCCAAUUGAUGGCGUGACGAUUGCAAAGCUGGAAACACAGUAUGAAAUAUUAGGAACAACCGCCGAUUCAAAUGGGAUAAAAAUUGAUUAUCUUUGUGAAUCAGAUUUGUUGAUAUUCAAGAAGUUGAAAUAUAUGGAUGUCACGUUAUCUGUUGGUGGCGUCUCUUCCGAUCCGAUAAAAGUUACCAUGGAAACAACAGAAGCAAUAGAGAUCGUUGGCCAUCCUCAAGAUGCAGUAGCAUUAAUUGGUGACUCCGUCAAUUUCACGUGCAGAGCAAUAGGGAAACCACCACCUGAUGUCUAUCAGUGGUUCAGGAACGGAAAGCUCAUAACAACGAACCCAUUAGGGUUAACAAAUAGCAGAUUAAUGCUGAAUAGUGUCAGUGAUGGUGACAAGGGGUCUUAUUACUGUGAAGCUAGCUCCGACUAUGGAUCGGCAAUAUCAAAUAUUGCUUCCCUUGAUGUCAAAGAUGAUGGAGGGAGUUUCUGUGACACAUCCCCUCUAUCACAUCCCAAAGCGUUACCAAAGGACUGUCCACAGACUGGUGACAAUCCGCUGCAGUAUGAAGUUGGCCGUUGCCGUAGAAACGAGUGUAUUCAGCGACCAGAGUCAAAUACUGAAUCCGAAUAUUGCUGUGGCCCUACACGCCAAACAAUGAGAACGAUUUCAUGUGCUGACUAUUCUUUAGAUAUUGUUGUAACAUUGGAGUGUGGUUGUGUUGUGUGUAAUCAGGCAAAUGUUACUGGUAAUAUCAUAACUAGCGUUCGUAAGGUCACUUUUAGCGGAUAUGCUCAUGAUAUAGUUGACACAAGUUCUCCUCUUAGAUUUGGGAAGGUAUACUUAUUUGAUGAAGAGAUUGCAACAACAAGUUUUAAUGGUGAGUUUAGUUUUCCCGUCCCUCUUGAUAUGACAAGAAUCGUGGUCACUUUUAAGGAAGAAUUCAUCAAAAAUAACUUCAUUGAGACAUCUAAGGUGUUUAACAUACCCAAAGACUAUUCCGGUAAUUUCUAUAGAGACAUUCCGCUUUUGAGAAAAUCUACUGUUGUUGAAAUUCCAUCAUCAGAAACGACAACUCUCUCCUUGGCUAACUCAACGUCUGGGAGUUCAUUUGCUGACGUCAUCAUUCCUGGUGAGUCAUUUUACAAAGCUGAUGGUACGAAAUACAGCGGUCCUGUUCAAACAGCUAUAAACUUUAUAGACCCUCGAAAUAAUGAAGACCUUAAUGCCAUGGUUGGAGAUCUAACAUUCAUCAAUGACGAUGGUGAUAUUGGGUCAUUGCAAACAUUCGGAAUGUUCCAUUUGGCAUUUAGUGAUACGGCCGGAAAUGAACUUGGCAUCAAAGGGGAAGUAGGCAUGGCAAUAAGUGCUGACGUCAUAGGUGCAGGACUGCAGAACGCAACGAAUGUAAAGCUUUGGUCUUUUAAUCCCUCCUCUGCGAGAUGGGAAUAUGAAGGGAAUUUGAGACGAGUUUCAAAUAGAAAAAAGAGAUCACAGGCUCGGGACACCACAGACUUUUUUGUUGGUGACGCAGUCAUAACAGAUCGUUACUGGUUCAACUUUGAUGACAAUCAGUUAAAUUACUGUUUCAUUAAAGUAAAAACAUAUAGUGACUCGAGUUCAGCAUCACCAUUACCCUGGGACAGCUCUCUAGAACCUACUGUAAUUUCAUUGGAUCAAACAUCUUGGCAAGGUGGCAGCGCAGGACGUAUUGUCACUGGAGGUAUGAGUAGAAAUCGCGGCUUACGAUCGCAUGAAGAUUGCAUAUUGACAGUUUGUGGUGAUUCCCAGUUUCACGGAUACCUAUUCAUGGACAGUCCAUCGGGUGCAUUGAGUGCUGCAUCAAGCCUAGGCGGAUCAAGUUCAAAUGUGUCUGGUGUAAAUAUAAUAGUAGAUCAACUAAGUCCAACUGAAAGUCGAGGGAGAGUCAUUGAGACAACAGUUUCCCCACUCACUUCAAAUGGCCCGAUAUAUCAUAGCAGUUCCAGUUUUUUGUCUCGUACUAAUUGUGUAAACCCAGAUGAAACGGCCCCACAUUAUAGUUUCUAUCAAAAUACAGCUUCCCUAUUUGAGUAUUCUGUAUGUGAGCGUGUGCAAUGGGAUUGCCCUUCAGUACAAAACUCUUGGCCUUUAGCAUGGUUUCCAAGACUCACGUCCACGUAUUGGGUCUGGUAUAUUAAGGUUCGUGUAGUCGUUGAUAGUACAUCGGAGGAAUCAUCUGUAAGAGUUGUAAGUAGAGGAGGUACUCACCUUGCAACCUUGGGGGAGAUGUUCGGUAUCCGUGAAGACACAACCAUAGAUCAAACAGCAUGUAUUGAAUUCAAAGGACGUGGCACCAUACUUGAAGCUUUAGACCAAACUAUCGUCGAGGUGCUUGUAGAAGGCACAGACUGUACAGUAGAGUCUGUUGCUUCCAGUCUUCAACAAUACCAGACAACCACACCUUAUAACGAUGCAGCGCUAGUUUCAUUUAAACCACCUUCUGCCUCUAUCAUUGGUGGAACAGAUUUUGGAAUAUACGUAGAUGAUAAUGACGAUGUUCAAACGGCUAAAUCUACUGCCAAAGCAAGGUGUCUAUGUGCUGAUUUCCAACAAGGCCAAACGUGUAGUUCACCCAAACCUGUUAUCGGUGUAGGGCUAACUAUAAGAUGUAAGAAACGUUACGGUUAA